CGUCGGUCCGGCUUCGGUCGACGCGGUUGUUGGUGGUUGGUCGUGGUGUAUCUAAGCGGCGCUCCGCCGAGCCGCCUGCUGAUUACCUCCCCGCACCGAUUUUCUUCGGCGCCGGCGAAGCGGCUGCGGUGUGUUAGUAGCGGCAAACCAGCGCGUUCGGGUUUCGGGCCCGCAGCCUACAGCGGACGCAGUGUGCAUCAAACGGGAAGAGAAAGAAAGGGGAAGUUUGUGUGCCGCUCGGCCGAUCGUCAAGCUCCUCUCUCUCGUGUACGGCGUCUUCUUCGUCUGCGAAGCGUGAACGUUGCCGUGUCGCCCGCCGUCCCAGCGCCGGGGCUGCCCAAGAAAAAGGCCUCGCCGGCGACGCAUCGGUCCGUCGUCGCCAAGUGGUGCUGCCGCCGCCGCUGCUGCUGCUGGAAUCGGGGUAACACAACACGUUCGGGCGUCGAUCGAUAGUUGAAGAUGGCGGGAACGCAGGACCAAAAGUGGCAAAAGGAUGCAGUGGACCAGAACUUUGAUUACAUGUUCAAAAUCCUCAUUAUUGGAAACAGCAGUGUUGGCAAAACAUCAUUCCUAUUCCGCUACGCAGACGACUCCUUUACGUCAGCCUUUGUCUCCACAGUAGGCAUAGACUUCAAAGUCAAGACGGUCUUCCGACAUGACAAGAGGGUCAAGCUCCAAAUUUGGGACACAGCUGGCCAGGAGCGCUACCGAACAAUCACAACGGCCUACUACCGUGGGGCUAUGGGUUUCAUCCUAAUGUAUGAUGUUACUAACGAAGAGUCUUUCAACAGUGUCCAAGACUGGGUGACGCAGAUCAAGACAUACUCGUGGGACAACGCCCAAGUUAUCUUGGUAGGCAACAAGUGUGACAUGGAAGACGAGAGAGUGGUGAGCGCCGAGCGCGGUCGACAGCUGGCCGACCAACUCGGACUGGAGUUCUUUGAGACGUCGGCCAAAGAAAAUGUCAAUGUCAAGGCCGUCUUCGAGCGCCUCGUCGACAUCAUCUGCGACAAGAUGUCCGAGAGCCUCGACUCAGACCCCGCGCUCCUGGCGGGCGGCGGCGCCAAGGGCACGCACCUCACCGACAACCCCGCCGCACCUCCGAAUGCCUCCUGCCAGUGCUAGAGCUCCUUCCUCCUGUUCCUCCUCGCCCCUGUCCCCUCCGGUCAGCCUCUGCCCAUCAAGCCGCUGGUUGAGGCCACGCGGCACUUGGCUUGCUCGCACCAGACUGGUGCUGGGGCUGUGUUCUCGGUCGAUCACUUUCAGCGAUACCUUCACUUUCGUGCAGUGUAGCAUCCAGCCCAGUGCCUAAAAAAACAAAUGGUGAAUUCUGCGUUUCAUUUUGGAGCAGCUUUCUGUUGCAUUUACAUGUGAGAAAGCUCAUUCCCUCUUGUUGAUUUAGUGCAGGUUUACUUUCUUUCUUGCAGAAUUGAGGGUUUAAUCAACUUAACCUAACGGUAAAGCAACAGGACAUGACACUAACACAAGGAAGCAGGACUGCAUGUGUGAAGUAGUCUAGCUGGCAUUUAUUGCAUUGUUUAGUUUUCUUGUUUCACUGGUAGUGUGAGGACGGGUGAAGUUUACCAGCUAGCCCUCUUCCAAGCCUCAUUAAGCCCAUUGUUCGGGGCGGUGCAUGUAAUAUGCAAGCUUGCACCAAAUCAACAGAAUGACCAUAAUUUCCUAAAUUUGGAGCAAUUAAUUGCUGCUCUGUCACUGUAGCGGAAGGCAUUACCCAAGAUCACAGUGUUUUUGCCACCUUCUACCUGAUGGCAACGAGACGUGACUGUUACGCUGAGAGAAAACAUAACCGCGCCUCUAAUUUUCACAGUGAGCAAAUGCCCUUGUCACACUUAACGCAGGUCCUGUGUGCUUUCGGUCCAUGUCUCAAAUCUCCUCGCCAUGGCACAAGACAGUCUUCAAUCAAUGAAAGUACUGUCAGCUGUUCGCGGCCUAUGGGUGCAUUCACACCGGCAAUGGACAGAGGUGGCACGACUGACCGAGAAUGGCGAGCGACAAGUGACUCAAGGCAGCCGAUGUUCACACUGGCAGGUGCAGCCGGCCCUUCGCUACACUGAAAAGGUUGAUGUCAUUCACGUCUGCUCACUCCGCCUUUGCCACGUAAAAUAAGCAGACGUUCUGCUCUUGUAUCGCUGAUUGGUUCAGUAGGUUUGCAACUGCAGUUGUGUGACUGAAUAAUCAAGCAGGGAGUGACUGACCAAAAGCAGUCGCUCUUUGAUCAAAGCAACCAUUGGCAACCAACUUGGUUACACUACCUCUGCGAGUAGCCAGUGUGAAUGGGCCCCGUGACAUGUAGCUGCUGAAGUUUGUGCAGACCGCCCCAGAUAUUUUUGUCAUGUGAGCUUCUGCUUGUUUGACUAAUCAACAGCUGCUGAAAAUGGAAUGCCCAUAACAGACCAUUCCAGAACACAAUCCUUGAGUACAUCUUCUGUUCUGUGUUCCACUGCAGUGCCCUCUGCGUUGGCAUUAUACCUGCGUGCAAAUCAGUACCGCACGGCGAAUGGUUGAACACACCUGAGAGGUGUGAGGCCAGCAACAUUUUAAAUUCUUUCAACGAGAAACUGCACGCAGCUGGCAAAGCAAAGAGCUUGGCACAGAGGGUGCUACUAACUGCUGCACUGUCCAAAGCGAGGGGAGCCGAGUGCCGUACAGCCAGAGUCGUCUGAUAACAGCGCAGGCAGAUUGGAGGAGCCCUGAUCCCUAGUGUCCCCACCCCCCUCAGUACUAAGCGAGCGCUGCUCCCUUGCUGUUGUUGUUGCUGCUGUGACCGCUGCCAGCUUGACUGCCGCUAAGAAGAGCAAAGGCUGCGCCUGGGUGACUGCUGAACUGUGCGGGUGUACACAUUACGUCGGGGUAGCCCUGACGGCGGAGGCUAAGCGUCCUGCUUUGAUUUCCAAAUGCCAAUAAGCUGGUGUCGAACAGAGCCGACAUUCUCGUCUGUCCACUUCCGGGGAUGAAACCCUGUUGCAUGAUUUCGCGCAGCAUUGGACACGUUUGCGACAUGUACGAGCAACAGUGUUUCAGCAAAACAGGAAAGGAAAGUGGGCCAGUUUGGUAUAGGUUGACCAAAUUUAACUGUAGCGCAAAAAGACACGGCAAGUAGAAGGAGGAGACGUGUGUCUUUAUUUUUAAAAAUAAUUAUGCUCCUUGUUUUUGUGCUACAGUUAAAUAUGGCCAACAGCAUUCUUGGCAUUGUGCUUAAGACAACAUGCUCGGCAUUCCACCAGAUUUGCUAUCGCCUGUGGAUGCCAGUGUGCCUCAUGCUAGUCACACAAGAUCUAGAAAAAGUUACUGUACCUCCGAAACUGAAGAAGCGAAAAUGUCUCCCCGGGAUUAGGUCAUUUUUUAACUUUUAACAUUUAACGUUUUUGACCCACAUUCGUUGCAGAAAAGAAGUGCGUAACCAACAAGGAUGGUGAAAAUAGAAAAAAAAGAUAGGCACAGCACUUGUCCUUGUUUCUAUUUUUGACACCCUUGUUGCUUGCAUACCAUUAUUGCAAUGAAUAAUUUUAUUUGUCUACCGAUCAGGUACUUCUUACACUGUAAGCUACGAUGUGGCUUGCAGUGCACUCGCCAUGCCAAUGAGCUCAGGUCUAGCCUACACAUUAACUCUGCUCUCACUCCACUGCAAGCAGUUGUGUUCAUCUCAUAUCAAAUGUAAUGCUGACCUGCCAAGAAGUGGGCCAAGUGUAACAGGUGCCGGUUAAAUUUAUUAUCUAUACACUCCUGCAUUGAGUACAGUCUCGUUUGGGGUUUGUUGCUUUUGUGAAGUACAGAAUGGGCUCAUAUCACCACUUUCUAGCUACUUUAGUAAGGAAGGAUCUGUUAUCAUAGUAGGGCUGUUGCACUUCAAAAAAUUUUUUUUUCCCGAGGGUGUUUACUGGAGCACGCCUCUCCCAGUAUUGUCUGAGGCAGUAGGAUUCUAAUUGGUGGGCUCACCAGCUGAUAACAGAAACUUGACACUUCAUUGCUGUGGCCAGGCUUAGGUGCAUGAAAUAUCGAUGUGUCCGCACAAGCUUGGAAAAAUUUUACCUUGAAAUUUAGCAAAUAAAAUAUGCGUUGUUUCCACUUACCUUAAGAGGAAGCUUUAGCUCGAGGGCUCCUAUCUAAAUACAUGUAAAAGGAGAAUUCGUUUUUCUCGGCAACCACUGCACCAAAUUUGACGAGGUUUGUUGCAUUUAAAAGACAAACUUAAUAUCUAGUGACUGUUGGUUUCGAAUUUUUGAGUUAGUUCGUCAAUUUUUUAUUAAAAAUUGGCAAAAAUAAAAAAUUUUCAAAAAACAAAACUAUCAGGUUUACAACUCUGUAACUCAACCACGAAAAAUUAUAAUACAAUUCUGUGAAUUGCAUCUAAUAGUACAUCUAAAGCGGACAAAAUUGAUAUGUUACACAUGAAUAUAAAAAAAUUUAAUCAUAGGGAAAUACAACUUUUGCAAAACCGUUGUAAGCAACGUAACAAAUUCACGUAAGAUGUAGAAUGACAUAUUGAAUUUGUCCGCUUUGAAUGAUCUAAUGGAUGCCGUUUACAGAACCGCGAUAUCAGUUAUUUAAGCAGAGCUAUGAAUUUGUGAACUUCGUGCUUCUAUUUUUUUCAAACGGUCAAAUAUUUGAAAAUCGUUUUAAGAAAAUUCAAGCCCUAAAUCGAAAUUCUGCUUCCAACAGUCACUAGAAUUUAACUUUCUCUUUCAAAUGCAACAAAUUUCAUCAAAAUCGGUCCAGGGGUUAUCUCAUAAAAACGUUUUUGCGUUUUACAUGUAUUUGAAUAGGCCGCGUCGGAGUUGGGCCCGAGCUAAAGCUUCCUUUUAAGGACCGCAUUGAGUUGUACUUUUGAAGCACAAAAAGAAACGUAAACCAUGAAGCCAAAUCUGCUGUGAUAUUUCUCUCCUGCAAGUUGCCUUGUGCCUUCACAUUUCUUUUUUAAUGUCGGUGGGGAAUGUUCCUUAAUGCAGGCAUACGUAUUGCGUUGUUGAAACAACUGUCAUUUGCUCUUGUUUGUAAAUCAGUCAAUUCAGGACCCAAUUUGAAACACAAUAUGGCACUGUUUUCUUUUUCAUGAAAUCAAUCCACUCCUUGCUAUGAGAACAUAUUCAAUUCCCCAUGCUGAAAUAGUUUAUGUAAGCAGCGCAUGCCAGGUCAUACGCAUCUUUAAAAUCUAAACAAGCUGCAGAUUUCACUCCUUUAGCCUUCUCCCAACUGCCUUUUAUGUUUCAUUUCUUCCAGAGAAUUUUGUCAUGCUAGAGCAACGCUGCACAAUCAAAAUAGCACGCACUGCCAAUUAAGCUUUUGUAUUCUCAUCACAAUGAGAUUCAGGGAGAGAUAUUUUGAGCGCAGGAUUUUUUUUCCUUUUCUUCUUUUUUACAUUUCUGCUGUGUUCAUGAAACUUUUUGCACCCAUAGACAAUACUGUCUUUCAGGUUAUUACUCUUUUUUCCUCUUGUUGACCAUAAAUGGGGAAAAAUUACUCACUAUCAAGGUUAAAUGUGGAAAUGUUCUCUAUGCCCAAGCGACUGAGACCAUACCUUUAUUCUGAUAAAAUCAAGCGUAAACACAACUUGUUUGUGCUUCAAGUUCUGCCUUUCUAGUCUUGCAAAAAUGUGCUCAUCUGUGUGGAAAGCAAGGUUUGCAGUCCUUUCGGCCCUUGAAUGUGAAAUGGGCAUUUUCAAGGCCUUGAAAGCCUUUUAAGUUUCACAGAGUGCUCAAGAAUGCUUUAAUUUUGCUUUUGGUUAAGCUUAGAUCACAUUUUUAUAUUAUAAUUCCUGAGCAUUAUUUCAGGCCUCUACAGUUUAUUGUAAUAAAAGUAAAGUGCAAAGGAGCUUAUGCAGUUAUAUUUAGCUGUUCGUUAACGAAACCCAUAAUGGUAAAAAUUACUCAAGAGCAUUUUACUCUGACCCGCCACUAUGGUGUUGUGGCUACAGUGUUGUGCUGCCAAGCACGAGGUUGCGGCGUCAAAUCCCGGCUGCCGCAGCCACAUUGUGAUGGGGCCGAAAUGCAAAAACGCCGGUGUCCCAUCCAUUGGGGGCACGUUCAAGGUACCCUGGUGGUCAAAAUUAAUCCGGAGUCCCCCACUACGGCAUGCGUCAUAAUCAAAACGUGGUUUUGGCACGUAAAGCCCCAGAAUCCAUUCAGAAUGUUAGUGACAUGCCUCAUACUUGAACUGGGGCUUUGGGACGUUAAAUCUAGUCAAUUACCUAUGUCAGCUCUUAUAGAUGAAGAGCAUCUCAGCUGUUCUUGAGCAACAAAAUGACUGCAUACCUGCCGUAAUGACCUUGGGCCAUGUUCCCAAGCAUCUGUGCAUGAAAAAUGCUGAUGCUUGUUUUACUUGGCAUGCUGAUGUUUAGAAACUUACAAGUCAUCGUGACGUUUCACACAUACAGCCGGGGCUUGUUUGAACUUAUAUUAAUUUGGAACGAAGCGGGAUUUCGCACAUCUUGUAUAUUGCGUAGAGCCUUCAGCAGUUCAACCAGGCGCAGCAAAGCGCUUGAAAAACAGGAGAAAUCUUAAUAGUCUGAAGAAGUCAAACGGAGCCCUCUUGUUUUUUUUCUUUCUUGUUAACAUCAGGAAUAAGCCUGUCUGCCCAUUUCCCCCCGUUGUUAAAGUGUUCUAGAAGUGCGUGGGGAUCUAUUUCACCUGGUUUUUCAGAGGGCUCGAUUCAGGUGCAGCAAUUUUCUGCUGGCUGUUGAGUGAUCUUCUAGUUAUAUAGGUGCACUGAAAAGCAAACAAAAAUUCUUAAUCACUGAGAAUCUGGCCAGAGGUCAAAAGACAGCAGCAAGAAACAACUCUGCUUUAUCCAGAUGAUAGGUGGUGCACCUGUUCUCCAGACAACAUUUUUUUCUAAGUUAUGUAUUGAAGGAAAUUGGUGGCUGAUGCCGGUCAUUUUCAUAUCUGGUUUGUAGUUUCUCUACGAUGGUGGCAGAAGAUGGGACCUGUACUCUAAAUCAAUAACCUUUGGGAAUAUCACUUGAUUGGCUGAUAGCAUUGAUUGGUUGAUUCGGUGGAAGCACAUGGUACGGAAGGAAUGGCACACUCAGCAUUGUUUUUUACAUUGCGCAGUUCGUCGAGUGCAUUAACACAAAGUCCGUCUCUCAUGCGAGACGACAUGUUGAUCAUUGCGCCACGCAGACGUGAGGACGUCCCGAAAAGUGACAGGUCGAAAACACGGCCCCUGCUUGUGCCAUUGCAGAUGAUUCGCCAGAACAUUGCUGCAGUGUGAAUCGAGCCUCGCAAGGCCUCUGUUUGUGGCUGUUGCUGUGUGGUUGUCUGAUUUAUGAAAAAGGUGUGUGUUCUCCGUGUACGUCUCCGCUUGUUUACAAACACCCGCCUGCUCAUUGCCUUCUUGCAACGGAGCAAAGUGUGGUUGGUCCCUUUAUUUGGGCGCCAUACGUGUCCCCUGGCGCUGUGGCAGGAGAGACGAAGGCGCCUGUUGACAAUGAGUGUGACUUCUGUAAAUGCUGGUUGCCCGUGUAUAAAUGUGUACAUAUAUUCUCUUACGAGCAUUGUUCCCCACUGCAAUCUGUUUCCCCACUUACCUCCCUGUUCGUCCCCAACUCCCCUGGUGUUGUUAAUGAAAAGAUGGUGGCGAGAGAGACCAGAAGAGCCCUGCAAUAAGAAGCAAACAUACAUUCCAGAAAAAAAAAAGGGACACCCUUUCUUCUUGUUAGUUUAGGGCAGAGAUGUGAUAAAGUGUGGAAAAAGAAAAAGAUAGUCUCACAAUUUAUUUAUUUUUUUUUACUGUCGCCCUUUUGUUAGUGAUUAAGGGGACUUGCAUUUGUGAAGGCCGGACCUGUUGAUGUAUUGUUUUUCUUUCUCAAAGAAAGUGGCAGUUGCGUAUAAAUGCGUAGGAAGCAACCCCCGUUGGUCCUUCUUGACACCUUUCCUUUCUUUAACCGCAUGAUGAAUGUUUUGUACGAUGAUUGCAGACUUUCAAGUGUCAUGCUAGGUUUUCAUGUCUGAAGCCAGCGCUUGUAGGAAUUUGAUUAGGAAAGCUGGCCAUCAUAUUGUGCUAUGUACAUACCUGGGGUCAUGCUUGAGAGCUGUCACUUUUGGCGCUGGAAUACACAUCACUGCAGUGAGCAGCAUUCAUUUCUGCUGUCAAAGAAAUGUUUUUCCUGUCUGCCAGCCCCAGCAAUCACUGGCGUUACGUGACGUGGAAGUAUUGCUGACGCCGAGCAUACUACCCAAAAUUUCCUCCUUUCUUGUAACAGCUGCUUCCAGAGGUUAAAGCAGAAGACACACGGUACAGUUACACAUGAGAUCUGAUGUGCAACCUGUGGUGCCAAUAGGUUCCAGUAAGCAGAAAAUCUUUAGGCAACACAUGAUACAUCCCGUACAACAAAAGUGGCACUUCCAAAAGUGAUCAGUCUAGAGCUUGACCCCAAUUUGAAGCCAUGCCAAAGCUGUCUGCUGCUUUGAUAACUCCAUUGAAAUGCAAUCUUUCUUUUGUUAUGUUAGACAUCCUUGCUGGUGUGCUGCAGUGUGUGUUGACUGGAACACUUGGUAAACUUGUUCUGUGCAGUGAAUAAUUUGAAACCUAGUUGUCCGUAGUACAAUUGAAGAUGACCGCUAUCUGUUGUAAUAAGAGUGCUUAAGCGAAACUUGUGAGAUGCAAAAUGUUAUUGCACCGGAGCAUGUACAGUGGAUACAAGUAAAGCCCAGAAAUGAACAUUUCAUACUGUUCAUAAUUGGCACUGCAGGCUCUACUGACAGUUCUAGCUGUGAUUACAGUGGCAGUCGUUUUCGGUAUUGGCUCACAGGUUUUCUUUGCAUUGCUAAAUGUAUGCAAGGUGUGAAACAUCGAUGGAAAAUGGCACUUCUCGAUGGUACUCAAAGCAGACGACGCAAGCGUUCAUAUGCGUUGUCUGCCUAUUGUCCUGCCAAAAGUGCAGUUUUCUUUCAUUGCCUUUGAUAUGCACUCAACGAUUGAAAUUAGCUAUUGGGUUAUCCAGUCAUUUGAGCCAAAUCCUUCACUGAUUUGGCUCAAUACUGCACUGAAGCAACUUCUGGCUAUGCAUUCUGUGUGGGCUGUCCAUCAGUUAAUGCUGCACUUUUGUGUAGCGAGUACUGUCUAAGUAAUCGCUGUCUAAUUUUAGGCAUCCCUAAAAUUGUGAGCUUCUCAUAGUCGUUAUGACUUAGAUUCGCAGGGAUGGGCAGUCAACACACCAUGCAGCAUGCUGCCACAGUGUCUGCAACAUUGGUCAGCUGACACAGCAGUCUCAUAAAACUGAACCUAAUAUAACAGGAAUUAGUGUUUAUGCAUUGACUUGCCAUUACAAGCGUCUUAUGUUGCCAGCAAGCAUGUAUUGGUUGCUCUUCACAUACUUGCAUCUUUUAAAGUAGAAGGAAAAGGGACCCACUCACGAAGCCUGCAUUUAUAGUAUGCUUCUUUAUAUCUUUUGCAUGGUCAGCUCGUUCUGUUUUCUGUAAUUAAAACUAAUGAUGUUCUCUAAUUGUUGAAAAAUAGGAUGUCUGGAAUAUUUUAUGCAAGGAGAGUUUAAAAGAGAGGGAGCCACAACAUUGCAAAACAGUUGUGUGGGCACAAUUUCAGUGAUACAUCCCGAUUUUUCUCGGUUGUACCCUGUGUGUUAUACUGGCAUCUUUCACUGCUUUCCUCCUUUAUAUUUUGUGCGAUUACUUUAUAUUCUGUGUUGUUUGAUCAAAGCAUUUUUCCCUGUGCGACUUCUGCUGUGAACCUUUCUUCUUCCUCUCCUGAAGGUUUGCAUUAAUAAUUUUUUACCAAAGAAACAUUUGCAAUGCAUUUACGGUACCUUUUAUUUUUACUGCAUUUUGAUUUUUUGCAAGAGAAGUUGGUUGUAUGUUAACAAUUGGACCUCCAGAUCUUUCAGUGGCAUUCCAACAGUAGGCUGAUAAAAAAAACGGUCUUUUAUAACUCGUGAUCUCUUCUAGUCGUUGAAAAUCCCUCAACAGUGUACCAACUACAGUUUCAUCAGUCAGCACUGUGCUAGUCAUUUUUGCAAAUCCAGUGGAAUUUCAUUUAUAAUGACCCUUAUGUGGCUUCACAUCAAGCACUUCCAGAAUGCCAGUAUGUUCGUUUAGGGAUCCUGAUUUGGAGUUCAUUUCUCACCUGCAACACCUGAUACAAUGCUCUAAGCAGUUUGUGCUCGGAGACAAAAAAAAAAAGAAAAAAGAAAAAAAGAGACGGCACUGUCUAGUCCACUUGGCUUUGUGGCCUAUGAUAUAUUUCUGGAUAACAUAAAAGCAUGCAAGGAAAAUGUGUCUAGUAGUUUGCAAUUGCCUACACAUUUAAAUUUAAAGCGAGGAGACUAUAUAUAUUUGUGAAUUUAUCACUCACACCCACCACAAUACUUCUUAUUUUCUUCCCUUAUCUUAACAAGCGGACAGGUGUAGAAAAGUUUUUGGAGUGACAUACUAGCAUGAAUUGCAAUUUUCUAUUGUAUGCUUAAUAGGAAAUACAGCCGGCUUGCAUUUAUUCACACUCCAGAGGGCCAUAGACCUUUGUUUGAACUGUUCAAAAGGGUUUGGCACAAAACAGAAUUAUUGGUUGAUACAGGAACCCACAAACAAUCUGCAGUAACGAGCAACUGGCCACUGCUUGCUUUUGCGAUAGAGAAGGGAAAAAUAGAGUCAUUGGACAAGUGUAUUGAGAUAUCAGAACUAUGAACACAUGACCAGGUCAGUGAUGCCCACCAGUGUACAUGGCAAGUGUGAAUAUCAAAAUGUGCCAACCCUUUAACUAUUUACACCUUAGCAACAUCCCCUCAUAAGCCAGCUGUAGCUGCACUUCUGUGUCCUGGGAAGCAAAAGAGGUUGGUUCGAUCAACAACACUUUUUUAGUUGAAAAAUUUUUCAAGGUGGCAUUGGCGUAGCAGGUGAACCAAAAUCUUGAGAUUUGUUUGAACUAACAUAGCCACCAGAGUUCGAAUUAUUGCAAGUCUGCUGUAUUGGUUUGUCAGGAUUGUUGGCUAGAAGACAUUACAUUUCUUUAAAAGGUUAAGCCAUGUGUAUCUGCACAACUGUGGUCUGAAACAUAUGGAACCCGAGUCUUUCCAGUCAGUGCGAGCUCGCAGUAGUGGUUCCUUUGACGAUACCAUGUCUGGGUUUCAUGUGAUGUCGUAACCUUCGUGUGAAACGUUAAAAAAAAAAAGGUAUGCCUGCAAUGAUAGGAAUGUUGCUGUAACAAUGUGAACAACUCUGUGAAAGUACUACAAUAGGGGAGUGCAAUGUGAAGAAAUAAAGAAACAAGACUUAA